AUGGCUCCUCAUCAGACAGACGCUAUGAACGGGGAGACGACGACAACGACGACGGCGACGACGCUCCAGAGCGUGGACCUGAUCAUCUUUGCCGCGUACGUUGUCCCAGUGAUCCCUCGCAACGCGAUCCUGUCGGACCAUGCCAUUGUCGUGGACAAGUCUCGCAUUGUAGCGCUGCUGCCACGCGUAGAGGCCAUCACUCGCUUUGUGGGCGUCGACGAGCGGCACUUGUCGGCCCACAUUGUGACCCCCGGACUUGUUAAUCUGCAUACGCACUCUGCAAUGACACUGCUGCGCGGGCUGGCCGACGACAAAGCGCUGUGUGACUGGCUGGUGCAGGACAUUUGGCCCACGGAGGCGGCGUUCGUGUGUCCCGAGUUCGUCAAGGCCGGUAUGACGCACGCUGUGGCCGAGAUGCUGCGCUGUGGCACCACUUGCUGCAACGACAUGUACUUCUUCCCGAACGAGGUGUGCCGUGUGCUCGAGGAGACGGGGUUUCGCGGGGCCGUGGGACAGAUCAUCAUGGAGUUCCCAGGCCCGUACGGCUCGGGACCCGAUGAGUACCUUCGUAAAGCAGAGCCGAACCUGGAGAAGUACGCGCCAGGCUGUCACGACCUCAUCACUGUGACAAUGGCGCCCCAUGCACCGUAUACGGUCUCGGACACGAGUCUGCAACGCGCGGACGCACUGGCGAAGAAGUACAAGGCGCGUGUGCACAUGCAUUUGCACGAGACCGCGAGCGAGUGCAGCGACAGUGAGAACUUGAACCGCGCGUCCAUGAGCUGCCACCAGAGCGACCAGAACCUGCGUCCGCUGGCCAAUCUGAAGCGCAUGGACUUGUUGUCCGAGCGCCUCAUUUGUACGCACAUGACGCAGCUCACGGAGACGGAGAUGGACGCCGUUGCAGCCGCUGGAGCGCACGUCGUGCACUGCCCGUCGUCCAACCUCAAACUGGCGUCGGGGAUUGCACCCGUCACCGAGAUGAUCAAGCGCGGUGUGAACGUCGGGAUUGGCACGGAUGGCGCUGCCAGCAACAACUCGCUCGAUAUGCUCAGCGAGAUGAAGCUGACUGCGAUUUUGGCCAAGGCACAGACGCUGCAGUGCUCGAGUCUUCCUGCUGUCGAGGUGCUGCAGAUGGCUACACUGAACGGAGCCCGCGCUCUUGGUCUUGACCAGGACAUUGGCUCGAUCGAAGUGGGCAAGCGGGCAGACGUGAUUGCUAUCAAGUGCGAUAGCGUCGAGAUGAUCCCAAUGUACAACGCCAUCAGCCACAUUGUGUACGUGGCUGGUCGGGAGCAUGUCUCGGACGUCUGGAUCAAUGGCAAACAUCUGCUCGACGACCACAAGCUCACGACGAUUGAUGAAGCACAGGUGAAGCAGAGCGUCCGCGAGUGGGCCGCCAAGAUCUCCAAGCAUCACAAACUGGCGCAGUAG